CUGGCUCUUUCUCGGUUGUCUCUCUCCUGAAUAUACGGAAUGGUCAUCAUUAGAUCUUCUAAUCCUUCACGCUCCUGGGCCGCGAUGGCGAUAAACCUUCACCCCUGACAUGGACAGUUAUAAACGUGGACUCAGGGAACGGUGAUGACUACUAGACUAACUUAAAAACGCUGCUCGAUCCGUGAUCCAUAUUUGAUUCUCCCCAGGCAUCAUAUUCAGGAGGAUACCAUGGGCCUCAGUCGCAGUGCACUUAACUCAGGCACCAACGAGCGUGCUCGAGUGCGCCACGAAACCAAGUUAGUGUGCUUAUGUAAUGGGGUAAUCUCUAUCCUUUGCCAAUGAGCAUACGAGCACCACGGAAAGGCGAAAACUAUGAGCUCAGCGUGGAUCUCAAUAGCGAGUACCGCGAUAAACGAAAAGAUGCUAUCAAGCGCGUCAUAGCAUCUAUGACCGUCGGUAAAGACGUCAGCGGCUUGUUCCCCGAUGUCCUCAAGAAUAUGCAGACAGAUGACCUCGAACAGAAGAAGCUCGUAUAUCUAUAUCUCAUGAAUUAUGCAAAGACACAACCAGAACUCGUCAUAUUGGCCGUGAACACCUUCGUCAAGGACUCCGAGGAUCCCAAUCCUCUCGUACGCGCACUGGCGAUUCGAACUAUGGGAUGUCUGCGCGCAGAGAAAAUUAUAGACUAUCUAUGCGACCCUCUUCAACGCGCCUUGCGAGAUGACAACCCAUAUGUUCGAAAGACUGCUGCGCUUUGCGUUGCAAAGCUGUAUGAUCUCAAGCCCGAGCUUGUCAUCGAGAAUGGCUUUUUGGAUCAGCUUCGUGAUAUGAUUUCGGAUAGCAACCCUAUGGUCGUGGCGAAUACAGUCGCAGCACUCACAGACAUCCACAUCUCAGCGACCUCCAAUCAACCAUCCGACUCUACUUCCGAUCCCGCCGUAUUCUCCAUCACCUCCGCUAUACUGAACAAACUACUCAUCGCUCUCAACGAGUGUUCAGAAUGGGGUCGAGUCGCAAUUUUGAAUCACUACGGUGUCCGCAAUAUUUAAGACAAGUCUGAAUGUCGUGUGAAAUGUCAAGGCAAUACUUAGUAUUUAGCUUGUCAUGUAAGCAGAUAUAAAAUUUCAAAUGUUAAAGAGA